AUGUCUGCUGAUCAAUGGCGUGCCCUAGAGGCACUGCGUGACCAUGGCGAUGUCACAGAUGAUAAUGCCCAGGUGGAUGACGAUGAGUCCUACGGUGCCUGGGAUGUUCUCAAUGGAACCCAGCCACUCGAUAUAAGUCAUGGAGGGGGAGAACUGCAGGAACUCACCCAUGGGAUUGCUGUCCAAUUUGAAGACUACCAGUCACGAUGCGAUCGAACACAAUGUCGGAUCGAGGUGUUUGACUACCAAAUGCCAGCACUAAUUACAGCAUACCUUACAUGGAGUCUGGAGAGAGAUGAGAAAUGUGGAAUGGGAUUUUUUGAGAGGCAGAAAGAUGUUGAUGCUGAUGACGUCAAUGCUGGCCAAGUUUCUACAGACGCUGAGAAAGUGCACCUUUCAAUUCUCUCAUCCGACAUGUAUCUUGCUUCAGCACUCGUCCGCCACAGUGUCAUUCCCUGUUCCCCGAUUAAUCCUUCAGUUGGCAUGACCAUUGACUGCCUGGAGUUUUAUUGUAUCGCACGCCAGCGCUGCCUGAACUUCCCUAUUCAAGCAUUUACGAAGACUCUCUGUGAUUUUCAAGGCAUGAAAAUUGCUAUCGACUGGAACCUCAAACAUGCAUGUCCUGCAUGUUUGUAUACCCUGGAUGCGGAACCUCAACUCAAAUUUAGUCUGUUGUAUGCAAUGGAUGGAAACGAUUUACUCAAGCGAGUCCCUGACAAGGAGCAUGCCAAAGAUUCACCAUCAGAGCUCCCGACAUCUCAAUCCAUCAUAGACUAUCGUUACUUGACCAGGGAGUAUGUGGAUUCUUUCACAGACACGUUAAACCCUCAAGUUGAUUUGUUCAAUGAUUAUGACGAGGAUAAUAACCCUUGUGUGGGUCGAUGGAAAAAUAUGAAGGACAACAAAAUGAAACGGAUGUGGGGAGUUUUUGAUGAGUUGGGGAUCUUUAUGGCAGUGUGUCAACACGAUUUUACACUUAUCAUUGCAGAGAUGGUGCAGAGUGGUGAACGUGCAAAAUAUCCACUCACUGUUGUCUCAAGGCUACUCGAUACAUUUGGACACAACCUUGGUGGGGGGUACGACGUUGGAUGUAGGUUCAAGACCACACUCUCUCGCAGCUCUCUUGGUCCUUGUGCCCAUACCCUGAAUCACACCUCGCUUGUCGGAGCUUUUCAUGGUCAUGCCCACCGCCGUUUAUGUCAACUAGAUCACCUCACAAUGUAUGUCACUGGCCUCGGCUUAGAAGACCUCGAGGGUUGUGAACGGACAUUCUCAAAGUCACAUGCGCUCGCUCCUGCCACUCAUUAUGCGAGUGUGUUUCACUGUCGUCAAGCAAUCUUAGGUUAUUUCGAGCACAACAACAAAUUUGAAAUAUAUCAUAAUUUGAUUACAUUCCUAUACAACAACUACAAACAGGCACUCGACAUUCUGUAUGAUGGCCAGACUGUUCUUCCAUGCCUGAUGCAGGAACUCAGUGUCAUGGAUGAAUCAGAACUCGAGGUGUGGCUCAAGAAUGAACAUGCAUAUCUCCUAAGUCGUACACAUGAGCUGGAGCAGGAAACUUUUCAAAUGGAAUAUUGGCAGAAGCUUGUAAACUUGUCCACAAGCAACAUGACAGUAAGACUCGAGACAGCACACUGUCAUGCACUAGAGAAUUACGAGAAGGACCUCAAAAUCAUCCACAACCUGGAGAUGAAGCUUGGUGUGGACAAAGAUUGGCAACCUGAAGAUACCAAGUGGCAAAAUGCUGGACGGCUCGUCGCCAACAGGAAGUACCAGCUGGCAUUGGACAUGCUCAAAGGACUAAUUGUUGCCAGGAUCUUCAAACUCUCCAAGAUGAAUAGGGCAGGAACAGGCUAUAAAAUGCGAAAACACAUCGGCAAGGCCCUCCAAGUCCGGUCUGCAGCCAUCCAUACAGCUCUCGACCGCUAUAACCUCACUGCUCAUGCAUUAUCCUCACCACGUCCAGCACUGAAGUGGGAAGAUGUUGUUGAGUAUGCAUUCCUAGCAGAUUUCGAGCUUCUCUGUGACGCACGCAAGGAUAUUUCACAACACCUGUGGGCUACUCCAUCUGGUUGCCAUGCAAUGGACUUAUAUUUCAAGAUGUGUCAUGUGAGGGAAGGAAUUGAGCAUCUGAAUGUAGAGAUCAGGCGUGUGGCUACGUAUCUGCAAGACGAGAGACAUUACCUGGAGGAAUGCAAGAUCCUAUUGCACACGCUGCACUCAGGUUUGGCCCAUCAAGUACAGAUCCUCCGGAACACAUGCGGCCGCUUCCUGGAUUAUCACUGCCAGUGGCUGCGAGACAUUGCGGGGCUACCUGGGUUUUCCAGGACACUGCUCCCUGGGCAGGCCCUGCACAACAGUCCAGGAGAGAGCACGUCCUCUCCGUCAGUUCAGGUGCCUCAUAAACUGUGUCUUGCUGCUGUCGAUGAGUCGUUGGCCUUAGGGACUUUGAGUGGGGAUGAGGAUGGGCUUGAAGACCUGGAGGAGGAGGAAGACGAUGAGCAAUUGGCGGAAGAGGAGUCUCGCACCUUGCAGGAUAUCCUAGAGGUCUCAGGUCACAAUUAA